CCUCACUCCACUGAUAAAAAUUAAUUCUUCAACUCUUUGGACGGAGUAGACAUACCCCUCCACCCCUCAUCACUUCUCUUUAUCAUCCCGUCUUCAUCUACAUACCUCCAAGAAGACAGACCAGAAAAGUCAUCCAGAGAGAAAAGACAGGAAUCACUUCCAACCACACAAAAAAAUGGAUCCCCUCCGUUACCUCGCCGCCCCCCACGGCUUCACCCCGCUCCCGACCGCCAACAUCAAACAAAUCAAAGAAAGAAUCAGCUUCGUCGACUCCUUAACAGCAAACCCGCACUUCAACCCCUCCGAGCCCGCCCGCGAAGCCCUCUACAGCUACAAAGACGCCUGCGAGACACUCGUUGACCUCGCACGGGAGCAAAAAGCCACCGGAACCAGCGAUGCCUCCGCACAAGCCUCCGCCACCUCUCAAGCCAGCGACUUCGAAGCUGCACACCUCUCCACCGCGACGCUGUCGUUCGAUCUCGCGACCAAGGCCAAGCUCGGCGAGGAGCUCGACGCCCUGUACAACAUGUGGACGUUCACGCGGUACGAGCGCUUCCUCCCGGAGGAGGUGAAGGCCGAUGCGCGGGCACAUCCCAGCGCGAGCACGGCGGACCCGUGGCAUGGGGCGUUCUGGAAGGCGUUCUGGACGCGUCUGCAGGGCGAGCGCGAGACGUUUGCGCGUGUGUUGGCUGGUGAGUGGGGGAAUGGCGGCGCGCUGCUGAAUGAAUGUCCUUGGAGCUUGCUGCUUGCGCUGCUGUGUGAGCGCCAUACGGUGGAUUGGGAUGAGACGCUUGCGUUGGUGCAGUUCGGUGCGGGCGAGGCGCCGCUGCCGACGGAGGACUUUGUGGAUUUGUUGAAGGCUGGCGAUGCGGUUGCUUUGGCGAGGAGGUUGGACCGUGAUGAGAGCGCUGUGUCGCUGUCCGCGGAGUAUGUUAUGGGCGUUGGGACGCUGUUGAUGGCUUAUUUCUCGAAUACGUUGUCUGAUGCGUUCUUUGAUACGCUUUCGAUUGAGGAGAAGGAUGGUGAGGAGGAGGAUGAUGAGGAGAUUGCGGGGUAUGCGAUGUGGAAGCCGAAGGAGGCGCUGUUGGAACGCAUGGCGCUGAAGGAUGGGCAUGAGGAGUCGAUGAGGAAGCUGUUCCAGGAGAUGUUCGAUGAGAUGGGCGCGGAUGAAGACGGUGAUUUCGAGGACGAUGAGGAGGACGAGGAGAUGGAAGAUUUGGACCUGGCUGAGGCGGCGGGUUUCGCCGACGGUGGGUUCAGUGAUGAUUCGGAGGAUUAUUAGUUCCUCGAAUGGGGUAAAAAGAGGAAAUAGAAGAUGGUUUGGGAUGUUAUGUGUUAUGGAUUCUACUGGAUAUGAUACCUAUGCCAAUGGUGAAAAUAAUAU